ACAUUUAGGGAUUCCCACACAAAUAUUCAUUUCUCGAGCGAAUAUCGUUGCGAAUCUCCCUCUUUGGCGACGGUAUUGUCAUUGUAAUUUACCCGUGUAAUUAAACUUAAAAGCCAUUGGAGUUCUAUUUUUCCUCCGCCCUCCCUCUCCUUUGGCAAACCCGAAGCUGAGUAGCAGAUAACAUGGCGUUCGAGAAGAUUAAGGUCUCCAAUCCCAUCGUUGAGAUGGAUGGUCUGUCCCGUUCCAACCUUCAAUUCUUCUGAGAUGAAAUGACAAGAAUUAUUUGGAAAUCCAUUAAAGAUAAGCUUAUUUUCCCAUUUUUGGAUUUGGAUAUCAAGUAUUUUGACCUUGGACUUCCCAAUCGUGAUGCCACUAAUGAUAAAGUCACCAUAGAAAGUGCUGAAGCCACUCUUAAAUAUAAUGUGGCAAUUAAGUGUGCAACUAUCACUCCAGAUGAAGAUCGGGUCAAAGAGUUUCACUUGAAAAGAAUGUGGAAGAGUCCAAAUGGGACUAUUCGUAACAUUUUAAAUGGUACCGUUUUUCGAGAACCAAUUAUCUGCAAAAACAUUCCACGUCUUGUCUCAGGUUGGACAAAGCCGAUCUGCAUUGGAAGGCAUGCAUUUGGUGACCAAUACCGAGCAACUGAUACAACUAUACAAGGACCAGGAAAACUUAAGCUGGUAUUUGUACCAGAUGGAUGUGGUGAGAAGACAGAAUUUGAGGUUUUCAAUUUCACUGGGGCUGGAGGUGUAGCAUUGUCUAUGUAUAACACUGAUGAGUCCAUUCGUGCAUUUGCUGAGGCUUCAAUGAAUACUGCUUACCAAAAGAAGUGGCCACUUUAUCUUAGCACAAAAAAUACUAUUCUCAAAAAAUAUGAUGGAAGAUUCAAGGACAUCUUUCAGGAAGUUUAUGAAAGUCAAUGGAAAUCCAAGUUUGAGGCUGCAGGGAUAUGGUAUGAACAUCGUCUAAUAGAUGAUAUGGUUGCCUAUGCCCUCAAAAGUGAAGGAGGUUAUGUAUGGGCAUGCAAAAAUUAUGAUGGGGAUGUUCAGAGUGAUUUCUUAGCCCAAGGAUUUGGGUCUCUUGGGUUGAUGACUUCUGUACUGGUGUGUCCUGAUGGAAGAACUAUUGAAGCAGAAGCUGCCCAUGGCACAGUUACUCGUCAUUAUAGGGUUCAUCAGAAAGGAGGUGAAACCAGCACGAACAGCAUCGCAUCAAUUUUUGCUUGGUCACGAGGUCUUGCACACAGGGCAAAGUUGGAUAGAAAUGCCAGACUUUUGGACUUUACUGACAAACUGGAAAAAGCCUGUGUUGGAGCUGUUGAAUCAGGGAAGAUGACCAAGGAUCUUGCACUACUUAUCCAUGGGCCUAAGGUCACGAGGGAUCAAUAUCUGAAUACGGAGGAGUUCAUUGAUGCUGUGGCUGAGGAACUGAUAGCAAGAUUAUCUGCCAAAGCAAAGUUGUAAUUUUAGGUCUCUAACCUGGCCAGAUGCUUUCUGAUAAUGUCUGAUGCAUUUGUUUCACUUCAUAUAUGGUAUAACUUCUAUAAUUUUCAGUUUUCA